CCGCGGUGUAGUGUAGGCUGCCAUGGCUGCCCCGGCCACCCGGCAUCCCCGGCGCAGGGCCCGGACCGCGCCGCUGGCCGGGACGCUGGCCCGCUCGGCAGAGGACUGGUGGUGGGAUCGUCUAGCGCCGAGCGACUCCGGGUACCACCUGCUGCAGGCGGACAGCAUGUUGCUGGUGCUGCCCGGCCCAAGUCCCGCCCGCGCCCGCGUCCGCUUCCGCGCGCAAAGGCGCGCCCUCCGCCGAACUCAGCGACAGCGGCCCGUGGGCCCCAGUGCUGCAGCGGCAAAGCCCAAGGCCACGCCGCGGCCUGAAACAGCGUCCACGCCCCAGCAGGAGCCCGACGCUGGCUGGGGAGACCGCGUUCCCUUGGAAAUCCUGGUGCAGAUUUUCGGGCUGUUGGUGGCGGCUGAAGGACCCGUACCGUUCCUGGGCAGGGCUGCGCGGGUGUGCCGCCGCUGGCAGGAGGCCGCCUCCCACCCUGCGCUCUGGCACACCGUGACCCUGUCGCCCCCGCUGGCUGGCCGCCCUGCCAAGGGUGGGAUCAAGGCGGAGAAGAAGCUCCUUUCUUCCCUGGAGUGGCUUAUGCCCAAUCGGUUCUCACAGCUCCAGAGGCUGACUCUUAUCCACUGGAAGUCCCAGAUACACCAUGUUUUUAAGCUGGUAGGUGAGUCCUGUCCUCGGCUCACUUUUCUCAAGCUUUCAGACUGCCAUGGUGUGACCACUGAUGCACUGGUCAUGCUAGCCAAAGCCUGCCAUCAGCUCCACAGCCUGGACCUGCAACACUCCAUGGUGGAGUCCACAGCUGUGGUGAGCUUUUUGGAGGAGGCAGGGCCCCGAAUGCGCAAGCUGUGGCUAACCUAUAGUUCCCAGACCACAGCCAUCUUGGGUGCACUGCUGAGCAGUUGCUGCCCUCAGCUCCAGGUUCUGGAGGUGAGCACUGGCAUCAACCGUAAUAGCACUCCCCUCCAGCUGCCUGUGGAGGCUCUGCAGAGAGGCUGCCCACAGUUGCAGCCUGGGCUUCACCCCCAGGUGCUGCGGCUGCUGAACCUCGUGUGGCUGCCCAAGCCUUCUGGGCGAGGGGUGGCUCGUGGACCAGGCUUCCCCCGCCUUGAGGAGCUCUGCCUGGCCAGCUUUGCCUGCAACUUUGUGAGCAAUGAGGUCCUGGGCCGCCUGCUCCAUGGCUCCCCCAACCUGCGACUGCUGGAUCUUCGAGGCUGUGCACGCAUCACACCUGCUGGCCUACGUGAUCUCCCGUGUCAGGGUCAGCUGUGCCUGGGCAUUGGCUGGGCAGGUGAGAUGUGGGGCCUAUUGACUACCUUGCUCUUCACGACCCCUCCUCUCACCUCAGAGUUGGAGCAACUUCACCUGGGCUUGUAUGGCGUGUCAGACCGGCUGACUCUAGCCAAGGAGGGCAGUCCCCUGCUGACCCAGAAGUGGUACCGCACUCUGCGGGAACUGGACUUGAGUGGCCAGGGAUUCAGCGAGAAGGACCUGGAGCAGGCCCUCGCUGCCUUCUCAGGCACCCCUGGGGGCUCACACCCGGCUCUGUGCUCCCUUAACCUCAGGGGUACCCGGGUUACACCCAGCACCAUCAGGUCAGCACCUCCUCCCUGGUUCCUUGGCACCAGUAUACUUGCCUCCCUGUGCAGCAGAGCCCCAGAAGUGCUGUCCUGCCUGGCUGUGGCUUCCCGGGGUCUAAGAGAGGCAUGCAUACCCUCUUUGGCCUUGGGGACCCUGAGGGUAUGGGCUUGGCCUCCAUGGCUAUGGGUGGCAGAGCCAGGUGUAAAGCCUAGCCUGGCCCAGCCCUUUCUGGGGCCUGGGUCUUCUGGGCAGUGGAUCAGCUCCCUGGCCUGCUCUGCCCCCACAGCUCUGUGGUCAGCAGCUGCCCAGGCCUGCUGUACCUCAACCUGGAGUCCUGCCGCUGCCUUCCUAGGGGCCUGAAGCGGGUCUACCGGGGCCUGAAGGAAGUCCAGAGGUGUCUGGAGCAGCUGCUCACCACCCCUUCCUCCCCCCACUAGGCAGUUACCAACCCUAGAGGCCCCAGCCAGCCAGCACCGUCCUGUAUGCUUCCCCAGUUUUGAAUAUUUGAGCAUUUUGUUACAAUAAAACGUUUUUGUAA